UUUUACGUUACGCCUUGCUAGAUGAUUGGCGAGGUAAGAUGGCGGCGCCAGAGGAGCCAGAAUUAUCUCAGGCGCAGACUGAAAAACUCCUCCAAUUUCAGGUAGACAGCCACAUUUUAACGCUAUCAUAUGCUUAAACAAAACAUCAUAGAGUUAUAUAUCAUUGUUGAUGUCGACUCCGUGUAAACAGACGGAUGCAUGUGUGUUUGAAGCCUUUUUCAGAGUCAUUUCGACAGCUCCCCGAACCGUCAAGCUGAGCUAACGUUAGCUAAGCGAGCUAAUAUCAGCUAAAGUAGCUGACGAGUUAGCGGACAUUAAAGGCUUCAGGCUGGACUUGCGUUGCCUAACAUUUGUUGUGUGACUCUCACAGACAUGUAUACAGUCCACCCCGGUCGUUUAUGGUUACUUGUGCUGGGUUUAUAACAUAAAAGACGACUUUAUCGUAACUUAGCUAACGCUGACGCUCCCUGCUAAACAUUAGCGGAGUUAUCGAAUUGUCACCUCAACUAAAUAACUGUUUUCUAAUGUAUAAAAAAUUAAAUACGAUGUUUGAUAAUGAUGAAAGUGCGGUUGUGGUCUGUCCUCUUAAUUCCGAUCAUGUCUUCGUUUUUAAUGUUGUAGUCAGCUGUCAGGAUGAGGUUAUAUUUUGAUGAUCCAGCUGACUUUAGCUCACCUCUGACGGCUCCCCGCUGCGUGCUCGCUGGAUAUCCUCAUCAUGUAGACACUCAUAUUGAGUCUCGAUGACUGUGUAACAAGUUCAGUAGUCUUAAGGCAGGACUGAGCGGUGUUAAUCCAACUUUUUUAAUGGGGCUCUGCAGAUAAGUAUCCUGCCACUAAACCCUUACUAUUUACACCGAUUAGCCAUAACCUGGUGAACACCAUCUAUGACAGCAGCCCCUCUCCCCUCUCCCUUCAGGAGGCUUCGACAUUUUCAGAUUUUGUUGGCAUGAUCACACAGGUGACAAUGGCCCUUUGUAGAAUGUAGCUGAUGGUGGUAGAUCAGAUUAUAUUACACCCAGUUACCCAGUUAUAACAGUUAAUUUUUUAGCAAUAUUAUCUAAAACUGAAAAACGUUUUGUAUGAUUUAUGGUAGAGCUGUUGUAUUGUGUUGUAUCCAUGUGCCCGGGUGUUCAUAGUGUUACAAGUAGGCCUGGGCGAUUUGGCAAAAAAAAAGAUCACAAUAUAUUUUGUCAUAAUGUCCGAUCUCAAUUAUUAUCCCGAUUUUUUUUUAACUGCCAGUUUUAAAGCAUCUGUUCUAAAAACUAAAGAAACUAGAGAUUAGUUCAACAUUUUAUUAACAUACAAAGUAAAUAACAAAGCAAAUUGAAUAAGAUACACUUAGAAAACAUUUUAACUCAAUAGUACAACAAAUAUAGAUAAAUACUAAGUAAUACAGAGAAUUAGUUUACAGUCCUGAGUGUUUUUGUGGGUAUGCAAGAACCAAAAUAAACAAAUCUCCCCCUCAGAGAUAAUAAAGACACCUUAAAAUGUAAACAUUAGAUGAUGUAAAUGUAAACGGUACGAUUAACUUCAGCUUAGGUCUGGUGGCUGCAAUGCUAGUCGUGGCUAAACUGCUGACUGCUAAUGCUUCAUAAUGAUAUGAAGUAUCUAUUAAAUUAGUUUUGAGGGUAUGUGAUUGUUUGUACAUUGUGUUACAUUAUUUUUGUUGAUAUUAUUUAUGUGGAUCUUACAAUUAGAAGGUAAAUAAAAGGUCUCUGGAUAGGAUGGGGGCAUUAAUGAUCAAAGUCUCCCUCCAAUCGUAUUUUUUUCCACUACACAGUAGUGGCACAGUACAGUACUGCACGGCAUGGCACGGCCCAGUUUGGGUGCUUUUCCAUUGCAACUGAGUACCUCCUCGUUGUGGGCGGGGUCGUCAUACAGCGGUGCUGAAAUGCAGUGACGUCAUUUACUCGCGACAUAGAAAACCGGGAAGAACAACAUCAACACAACGGUAAUGUGCUGUUGCUCGCUGUUGGCUUUUUUUCACACAAAGAGCCAUAGCAGACAGAAGUCUCCAGGGCAGUAAGACAAAACACAAUUGAAAAGUACAGAAGGUUAGGGAGGUCGUAGGGAGGGUGUCGCGCAUCUGAUGAAGAUACUCAAUGGCCAAUCAUUGGAAGGCAGUCGGCUGACGUCACGUUAUAGUAUCGCUUCGGCUCGCUUGGAACCAGGGCCGAGAAAGUACGAAAAAAUAGUGGAAAAGCGUCACAAGCGUGUAGUGCCGUGCCGUACCGUACUGUUACUGUGGAAAGGCGACAUUAAAGUGUUCUCAGUGGUCUUUGAAUUGUGAUUAGGCCUGUCGCGAUAAUCAAUAAAUCGCCUUAUCGCUCGGUAAAUAAAAACGAGGUCGGUCAUUUUGCCAGCCUCGAUAAUUAACGUGCGUUUGUUUUCCUCCUCUCUCGCUACCAAACACGCUGGAUGAGAGAAGAGGUCUCACUCUGCGCAUUUUUCUCGGCACCUGGGGGCGUUGGCUCUAUAGCGGAAUGAACGGAGUUAGUGAACCCUCCUGUCAGUCAUUCAGUGUCUUUGUCACGGGGGGGGCGCGCGCACAGGUACACGUAGGCGCGCACAGGCACACAGACACAGACUUUUGGAUACAGUGCUGCAAGUGAGCGUAGUGAGUGAAAAGCAAGCAAACAGAAUGAACACGACAGCUUUGGUGUCUAAACCGAACGCAACAGCCCAAGUGUGGGAAUAUUUCGGCUUUAAACCAGUUUUGUUUUCGUCAAACACAAAACUCCACGUGUUUGCACGCGCGCUCGUGUGUGUCGGUGUGUUGGAGGAGCACAGCAGGCUGAUGAGAGCUGUCAGAGCGGACUGAAGCUGCUCCUAUAUGUUUAGCGUUUAACUGACUGAGUUUUGCAACUCUGUUCGUCAUUUUCGUCUCGUCCCAUCAACGUAAACGCACUUUCAUCUCGUCACAUUUUAGUCAUCUCCGACUUAUGUUUAGCUCGUCAACGUUACGUCUUCGUCGUGGGUAAAAUUAAAGUUUAUCACUUUUGACACGGUGUACUCGCAUUAUUAUGCCAUUUAAUAUCAUUAUCUAUAAUUUAAAAAACGGUGUCAAUAAUAUCGUUUAUCGGCGAUAAUUUGUAGCACAAUUAUCGUCCAGCAAAAUUUGUUAUCGUGACAGGCCUAAUUGUGAUUGUGAAGUUUUCAGCCAAAAUCACAUUACCUGUGUCAUUUUCAAGGCAUUUUCUUCUGCAGAGUUCCAGUAGCUCAUUAGCAAUUUGCCUCUUGAGUCGCGGGCGGAGACAGCGCUGCUCUGCACACUCAUCUUCAUGCUAACUUGCAGCCUAACAAACAUAGGAGCUUUUGGAAGUGGUGGAAGUUAAUAUCAUAUUAAGCUUUCUUACGAGCAUAGCAAUCUGCUAACGCACACACUUGUUCCGCGUUUGUCCUCUCUAAUUCUUGGAGUCUGGCCUGCAUAACGGGGCUCCGGGGGCGGAGCUUGGAUUUGUGAUGUAGGAAAUCUCAAAGUGUCUGAGCCUGCUGUUUGGGUCUGCCAGAGAUUCACAGCAAUUUGAAUGCAGAAAUACUCAGAAAUGCAAUUUUGCACUUAUUUUAUUCAUGAUAUGUCCCGUAUCAUCAGAAAAAUGGCAUAUGAACAUGUGAAAAACAUGAAGAACAUGAUUUUCUUCAGAGUGGGUCUUUAAAGCUUCCUGCUGUGGUGUGGAGAAUGCAUUUUUUGUUGACCCCUAUUUUCUGAUUAUUCUGUAAUCACUUUGACUAUGAUUAGAAGGCGAUCUACUUCCUUGUCCACAAAUUUUUAAGGGCAUUUUUUUUUCAGUUUUUUUACCCCCUUUUGAGCAGACCCUUGUUCAGCCUCUCAGCGGCUCUUUGUCAUGUGAAGCUGCUACACAUACUUCUUACAGCACAUUUUGUAGUCACUUGAGGGCUGAAGACUUUUGUUUCAUAUCCAACAGGACUUGACUGGUUUGGAGUCAAUGGACCAAUGCCGUCGCACAUUAGAACAGCACAAUUGGAACAUAGAGGUGACGUUGUUUUCAAUCUUGUGUCAAUUUUUAUACUGUAAUACAGGUUUGUGCUGGCUUCACGUGAAUCUUAUGUUUUUUUGUGCUUAAAUGAUGCUUUUCAGGCCGCAGUACAAGACAGACUUAAUGAGCAAGAAGGAGUGCCCAGUGUGUUUAACCCUCCACCAUCCAGACCAUUACAGGUCAAUACAGCAGACCAUAGAGUGUAUAGUUACAUCGUCUCAAGGCCUCAACCAAGGGUAUGUUCUUUGACUGUUUUCACAUCAUGACAAACUGUCUGUUCAGCUCAUAGAUAUUCACAUCAAAAGAAUAAAUAAAUAAAAAGGAUGAUGAAUUUCUUUUAAACUGUUUUUUUUUUAACAUUGCUACUGCCACUGUAUAUCUCAGCAAAUCUCAGUAUAUGUAUGUUUUUUUGUCUUCAUAGUUUCAGUAUUUUUUUUUCCACUGUAUGCCAAAUGUUCAAGCAAUCCCCAAGAAGAGUGGAUUCUUUUUAACAAAUGUCAGCUGCAUUUAGUUUGGAGACAAAACCCAGCAAAGUCUUAGAGUGUUGUGCCUUACAGUGUUUAAAAUCUAAUGCAUGGCAUCUUUUCAGGGAUUACUAGGAUGGAGUUACUACUUGAUAAUGCUACCUUUCAGAUUUACAUACUACACACUUCUGGACAUAUUCAGGUAAGUCGUACACUGAUUUAACACACAUUUGGUGGAAAUUAAACUUGCAGCGGAACACCUACUAAAAUUGCAGGAAGUUUAGUAAUUUCUGCUCUGCGUUUUUUUUCUCCAAGGUUCGCCCUGCGGUUCAUUAGGCCAGACCCUCGUGGUCGUGUCACAGACCCAGUUGGAGAUGUCGUGUCUUUCAUUCAUAAUUUUGAAGAGAAGUAUGGUCGGUCACACCCAGUAUUUUACCAGGGAACCUACAGCCAGGUGAGUCCACAAACCAAGUAGAAAUCUACAUUAUUAUGCUCAGCUUUCAUUCAGUGUUCGGAAGUAAUGACUGAAUUGUGUUGGUUUUGUUCAACCUAAAAUGUAGGCACUAAAUGAUGCCAAACGGGAGCUGCGCUUCUUAUUAGUGUACCUUCACGGGGAGGAUCAUCAAGACACAGACGAGUUUAGCCGGUAAUGAACCUUAUACUUAACUUGACUACAUCAAUCAAGUGUCUUCAUCUGGAUUUGUUUAACAUCAUCUUGUCCUCUAUGGAAAACAGUCCCAGAAGUUUGUCUCAUCUCAGUCUGGUUGGUCUGUCAUCAAAACCCAAAUUCUGUCAUUAAGUAUCGGUCGAUUUCACAUCAUUUAUAUUAAUGUAUUCCCGAAUUAAUGGCUGUUUUGUGAUUUCCAAAUUGUCACGUUUCAGCUCCACGUUAUGUACAGAAGAGGUCGUAACCUUCCUCAACACACGGAUGCUCUUCUGGGCAUGCUCAACCAGCAAGCCAGAGGGCUACAGAGGUAUAUGCAAGUGUUUUUCAUAUAACCGGAAUUAAAUUCAAGCUGUUAACAACACUCAGAUUAUAAACAUUACACGCACACGCAUGCAAGCUUCCUCACUCACAAAAGGCCCAAUUUAUGGUCAUAUCUCCUGUUUGAUAAUGAUAAGACAAACUGAAAAUGGAGGAUGAUUGUAAAGUGGAUAAGGUGCCCUGUGUAGGUUGUAUUAAAGGUUUGCCUUUUGAAAAUCUUUAUUGUCAGGUUGCUCAAAUCUAAUUGUUUGAUGCUUUGAAUGGCACCAACAAAACUUUGUGCACAUUAAGUUGUGGUGGCCAAGCUGGAAUUUUGAAGUUUGGGUUACAUUUUAAUUCUAUAUAUGUGCAAGGUGACACGAGAACUAAGCAGGGUGCAUGUUUUUUAUGGGCUCAAGAUGUGUGCGUGUGUGUUAAUGAGUCAACUACUUGGUAGAUCAAUCAAGAGGUAAAGUAGCAACACUGUUGAAACACUGUUAAGAUUUGACUGUGUAACUUUCUGGGUGUGCUCUAGUGUCCCAAGCACUGCGAGAGAACACCUACCCAUUCCUGGCCAUGAUCAUGCUGAAGGACCGCAAGAUGACAGUGGUGGGUCGGCUUGAGGGUCUCAUUCAGCCAGAAGACCUCAUCAACCAGCUCACCUUCAUCAUGGAUGCCAACCAAACACAUCUGAUGUCAGAGCGCCUUGAACGGUAAACGAAACCCAAAGUUACACACUUGACCGUUUGGCAGAGCGUAAUACCUCAUCAGUGUUUACAUUUGCGGACAAAUGUAGGAAGCUGUGGGGCCGUUGAUCAUCAUUUCAACUGUUUUUAUCAAAGUUCAUGACUGACUGAAACCUCAUAUUGUUAACAAAUUUUAAAACUAGGCGUACUUUGGCGCAAGUAAAAUGUAUCGUACUGUAUAUGUACUGCCGAUAUACCAGAAACAUUUCAUAGCUCAGGCAAAUGUUGAUUGGUUUCAGGGAGGAGAGAAGCCAAACCCAAGUGCUAAGACAGCAACAGGACGAAGCCUAUCUUGCUUCUCUGCGUGCUGACCAAGAGAAGGACCGAAAAAAGAGGGAGGAGCAAGAGCAGAAGAGACAAGAGGAGGAAAAGGUCCGACAGAGUGUUCUGGCUGAGGAGCGAAGGCGGCAGGUGAGACAGCCUUUCCCUGACAGAACAACACAGAGACAGUUUUGAUGAGACUUAAGUCAAAAUUGAAAUAAUUGAUAUUUUAAAAUAAUGUUUUCCGUUGUCGGAUUUCAGACACUCGAAGAAGAGAAGGAGAGGAAGUCAGAAUGUCUUCCUCCAGAGCCGCCUUCAGAUGAUCCAGACAGUGUCAAAAUAGUGUUUAAGCUGCCUAAUGAUACGCGAGUAGAGAGACGAUUUCUCUUUGGACAGUCUCUGUCGGUGAGCAUUUUGAUCUUUCUUUUCUAUCACCGUUUUUCUGGUUACUUGGGGAUCCAUUAAAAGGUUAGGUUAUGAGGCAUUGCUUCCCUUUGUACAUAGAUCACUAAUAUUUGUGUUUUUUUGUCCACUUCUUUCCUCCACAGGUAAUAUACGACUUCCUCUUCUCUUUGAAAGAAUCUCCAGAGAAGUUUCAGAUAGUUACAAACUUCCCUCGCAGAGUCCUGCCCUGCCUUCCAACUGAAGAUCAGCCCAAUCCUCCCACACUGAAAGAGGCGGGGCUGAGCCGCUCCGAGGUCCUUUUUGUUCAGGAUCUUACGGACGAUUGAAAGAUGACAUACCUCCUCUAUAUGGAAACACAUUUUCCUCCAAUGCCCACCCACUCCUUUUUUCUUUUUCUCCCUCUGUUGAAUGGCCAUUAUGCACAAAGGAUCAUUUGAGAUAAAAUCCUAACCUGGAAAAAUUUAACCACCCUGCAUCCAGUCCUUGUUUGGUUGUGUUUACAGGGUUCCCAAUAACCUGGAAAGUCUUGAAUUUUAUCAAAUAAAUAUUUCUUGGAAGUUCUCCCUCGAACUCAUCUUUGUAUACAUGUGGACAAAGACGUGUGUUCUUCAUCAUAUGUACUGGCCACCGUUUAAAUCUUGUCUUUCCUCACCAGUAAGUGUUGCAGCAGAGGAUUAACCAUCUACUGAAAUGUACCUAACAGUAGCAAAGCUUGAUGCAAAACCAGAAAACAACCCAAACAAAGUCGAUGUCGAGUCAUCCAAGGAAGGCAGGUUGUAUUAAUACUUGCCAAUACAAACAGGAUGUACCAUAGAGAGGUAUAAAUACCUUUGGUGGUUUGAAUGCCUUGGUUAUUUUUUAUUUUUAUUUCAGAGACUUGAUGUUCCAUCCAUAUGUCUUAAUUUAACACCACUUUACCGCAAAAGUUUUAACAUGCCUCUUCCACAGUGACUGACAAAGUACAGAACAGGUCUAAGCCAGGUUUGGUUCUGUUGUGACUGUUACUGAAUGGUAUGAAGAUUAAAUGUACUUUUUUUAGGGAGCAGCUUGCGUAGAAUGAUGGGAACCCUGUUUUAAAUGAGCCAUGACCUGUACAUAAGUUAGAUAUUUAAAAACCCCAAACCACCUUCCUUUUUUUGACUCAUCUGUGUCAUAAAAUGACCAAAUGCAGGUUGGUUACUAUGUAAAGCAGACUGCCUCAUGAAGUUUAAAAAUACAAUAUUUAACAGAGGCCACAGCUUUUACAUGUGGCUGUAUCUAGUGUAGUAAGAGUCUGCCCAUAGUGUGCCUGUGGUUACUCAUAGAUGCCUGUUUUGCCUGUAACAUCUAAAUGGGCUCAUGUAAAGAUGUAAUUUUCCAACUAUAUAAAUUAAAAACAUUUUAAAAAUGUGGUUUUA